AGUAAUCUAACAAAUUCACAACAACUACCUUAUACACACAAAUGUAAAGGGAUGAAUAAGAAUAGGUACAUAUAUAUACAGUGGGGUAAAAAAAGACUUGCACAAUUGGUGGCUGACUAAAUACUUUUUUGCCCCACUGUAUGUCUAUGUUAGUGAUGGCUGUUUAACAGUAUGAUGGCCUUGAGAUAGAAGCUGUUUUUCAGUCUCUCGGUCCCAGCUUUGAUCCACCUGUACUGACCUUGUCUUCUGGAUAGUAGUGGAGUGAGCAGGCAGUGGAUCGGGUGGUUGUUGUCCUUGAUCUUUUUGGCCUUCCUGUGACAUUGGGCGCUGUAGGUGUCCUGGAGGGCAGGUCGUUUGCCCCCGGUGAUGCAUUGUGCAGACCGUGUUACCCUCUGGAGACCCUUGCCGUUGAGGGCGGUGCAGUUACCGUACCAGGCCGUGAUACAGCCAGACAGGAUGCUCUCGAUUGUGUAUCUGUAAAAAUGUGUGAGUGUUUUAGGUGACAAGACUCAUUUCUUCAGCCUCCUGACCUCACCUCCUCCCUGUAGACCGUCUCGUCGUUGUUGGUAAUCAGGCCUACAACUGUAGUGUUGUCUGCAAACUUGAAUAUUUGAGUUGGAAGCUUGCAUGUCCACGCAGUUAUGGGUGAACAGGGAGUACAGGAGAGGGCUGAGAACGCACCCUUGUGGGGCCCCAGUGUUGAGGAUCAGCAGGGUGGAGAUUUUGUUUCCUACCUUCACCACCUGGGGGCUUCCCAUCAGGAAGUCCAGGACUCAGGAUGUUAAACUUUUAUGACUUUCUUGUUUGUCCAAUUCAUACCCUUAUCGUACUGUUUGUACCUUUAUUAUGUUGAUAUCCUCCUCUUGUUUGUUGUUUUUACGGUUAUUUCUAUAGACUGAUGUUGCAAGUGCAGGUCCCACAUUGUUCAAUGUCCUAAAUGUUGGAAGAUUGUGAAUUGGAUUACAGUAUAGAAAUAACAAACACACAUGCUGUGUUGUUCUGUAAAGUAAUAAAACAAUACAAUUUAUUUAAGAAACAACAGCUCUUGCUCAAUAGAUUUGGAUUUUUUUCCCUAUCCCCUGCUAAACUGUGGCCUACUUUUCCUUCCUGGCAGCUACAAAACCCAAAUGUAGUAUGUAUGUUGUCAUGGUGAAAACUUGUUUCUUGUUUUCGAUACAAUAGAUAUCCUAGUACUUAAUUCAGUCCCAUGGGAUGGGAAUAUUGAUGAAUGGAUGCUUCAAAAGCAGCUAGUGAUAUUUAAACAAUGAAUCCAUGCUGGCUCAGAGAGCUGUUACAUAACUGCUGUCAGUAGUACUCAACACAGUGGGGGUUGAGAAAGGGCUCAGGACUGCUCGUCACCGCCAGUCUGGCAGUCCUGCCUCUGGGUGAGAUGCUUACAAAGUACCAGAGGACAGAUGGCUGGCUACCGUGGCUAUAUACUAUCACUGGCAGGGAGGGAGCGUUCCUGGAACACAGAGCUGCUGCAAUAGAUUGUAAAUGUGAUGCUGAUUUUUGCAGCGUGAAAAGGCCCAUAUAUUAUAGCAAGGAGGGGAGGAACAGAUACAUGCAGUGAAGAACUGUCUUUCAACCCACCUUUAGAAUAUGUGGGAGAAGGGACUUGAAGGGACUGCGUUGUCUUGGCUGUGUGCUUAGGGUCGUUGUCCUUUUGGAAGGGGUCGAUGUUUUCAAAUGGAGGAAGAGUAGUCGGCAUAAAUCAAAGAUUGACAGAUUACUUGUGUACAUAGCUAGGACUGAGGGUGUGCAAAUUAUGAAAGACACAGUAGCUACCCCAACAUUGAACCAGUAUCUGGGCCGAGGAGGAGACGAUGAGAAUAUGACCUACUCCAGUGCUAGCCUCUCUACACUGGCUUCCUGUUAAGGCAAGCGCUCAUUUAAAGGUUUUACUGCUAACCUACAAAGCAUUACAUGGGCUUGCUCCUACCUAUAUUUCCGAUUUGGUCCUGCCGUACAUACCUACACGUACGCUACGAUCACAAGACACAGGCCUCCUUAUUGUCCUUACAAUUUCUAAGCAAGCAGCUGGAGACAGGACUUUCUCCUAUAGAGCUCCAUUUUUAUGGAAUGGUCUGCCUAUCCAUAUCAGAGACGCAGACUCUGUCUCGACCUUUAAGUCUUUAUUGAAGACUCAUCUCUCCAGUGGAUCAUAUGAUUGAGUGUAGUCUGGCCCAGGGGUGUGAAGGUGAAUGGAAAGGCACUGGAGCGACGAACCGCCCUUGCUGUCUCUGCCUGGCCGGUUCCCCUCUCCACUGGGAUUCUCUGGCUUACUGGUGCUCCUCCAUGCCACCCCUAGGAGGGGUGCGUCACUUGAGUGGGUUGAGUCACUGACGUGAUCUUCCUGUCUGGGUUGGCACCCCCCUUCGGGUUUGUGCCUUGGGGGAGAUCUUUGUGGGCUAUAGUCUGCCUUGUCUCAGGGUAGUAAGUUGGUGGUUUGAAGAUAACCCUCUAGUGGUGCGGGGGCUGUGCUUUGGCAAAGUGGGUGGGGUUAUAUCCUGCCUGGUUGGCCCUGUCCAGCAGUAUCAUCGGACGGGGCCACAGCGUCUCCUGACCCCUCCUGUCUCAGCCUCCAGUAUUUAUGCUGCAAUAGUUUGUGUCAGGGGGCUUAGGGUCAUUCUGUUAUAUCUGGAGUAUUUCUCUUGUCUUACCCGGUGUCCUGUGAAUUUAAGUAUGCUCCCUUUAAUUAUCUUUCUUUCUCUCUUCUCUCUGAGGACCUGAGCCCUAGGACCAGGCCUCAGGACAACCUGGCUUUACUCAUUGCUGUCCACCUGGCCGUGCUGCUGCUCCAGUUUCAACUGUUCUGCCUGAGGCUAUGGAACCCUGAUCUGUUCACCGGACGUGCUACCUUGUCCCGGACCUUCUGUUUUCGAAGACAGCACCUGCUGUCUCUAACUCUGAAUGAUCGGCUAUGAAAAGCUAACUGACAUUUACUCCUGAGGUGCUGACCUGUUGCACCCUCUACAUCCACAUCCGCAUUAUUGUUUGACCCUGCUGGUCAUCUACGAACGUUUUAACAUCUUGGCCAUGUACUGUUAUAAUCUCCACCCGGCACAGCCAGAAGAGGACUUACCACCCCUCAGAGGAUGGUUCCUCUCUAGGUUUCUUCCUAGGUUCCUGCCUUUCUAGGGAGUUUUUCCUAGCCACCCGGCUUCUACAUCUGCAUUGCUUGCUGUUUGGGGUUUCCGGCUGGGUUUCUGUACAGCACUUUGUGACAUCGGCGGAUGUCAAAAUAGCUGUAUAAAUACAUUUGAUUUAUUGAUGACCUAUUCAACGUCUCCCCCUCUGCCACAAACACACAGAACAGGACAAAAACAUAAUGAAAUGUAUUACUAUAAGAAAUUACAGUCAAUUAUUUAAAACGACUAUCAUUGCAUUCUCACCAAUCAGUGAAUGCAGUGAGCCAAAGAUCUUGAAUUCCUCGAUACAGUUACUGUACUUUGGUACUCAUUCACGAAAGUCACUCAUUGGACGAACGGCGUUCGUUGCCUUUUCCGGUCUUCUCCUGGCAGCGGCAGUUACGUGCGUACCAUUUUCUCCUACUGUUGCCGAAGAAACUCAGCUAGCAAGAUAGAUCUACAAAGUAAGGUUUUGUGAGCCAUAAUCUGGUGCUAGGUUAUUGUAGAAUAUAGUUUUCCGCAACUAUUGACGGUUUCAAACCCCGCUUUAAAUGGCGUUAUAGUCAGAAGCAUCGAUUGUAUAAGCUAGUUAGCGUUAGCGGCUAAUUUCCCGCAUUUGUGGAUCGACAGCCUGGGAUCCUCGCAUUAUGGCCAACAACACUGUAGCCGGGAAUCAGCAACAAGGACAGGCUGUGAACAAGAUUGGCCCUAACCCUGGAAAACAUGGCAACAACUUGCCUCUCUGGGGAAACGAAAAGACUAUGAACUUGAACCCUAUGGUCCUCACCAACGUGCUCUCAUCUCCAUAUUUCAAGGUUCAGCUCUAUGAACUGAAAACCUACCAUGAGGUGGUGGAUGAAAUAUAUUUCAAGGUGACUCAUGUUGAGCCCUGGGAGAAAGGCAGCAGGAAGACUGCUGGACAGACUGGAAUGUGCGGAGGGGUGCGUGGAGUCGGGACAGGCGGCAUUGUGUCCACGGCCUUCUGCCUGUUGUAUAAGCUGUUUACCCUCAAGAUGACCCGCAAGCAGGUGAUGGGACUGAUAACUCACAACGACUCGCCCUACAUCAGAGCACUUGGUUUCAUGUACAUAAGAUACACCCAGCCCCCUGCAGACCUGGUGGACUGGUAUGAUGGUUUCCUGGAUGAUGAGGAGGAGCUGGAUGUGAAGGCCGGAGGCGGCUGCGUCAUGACCAUCGGUGAGAUGGUCCGGUCGUUUCUCACCAAGCUGGAGUGGUUCUCCACACUUUUCCCACGCAUCCCGGUGCCUGUGCAGAAGAUGAUUGACACACAGAUGAAGGCAAGGCCCCGGAAGGCUCCUGAGAAGGUGGAGGAGCCGGUUGAACCUGUGCCAGAGGAGGGACGGGCGACAGAAGGGCGUAGACGCUCCCGGAGCCCCAGGAGGUCCCCCAAACGGUCGAGGAGCAGGAGCCACCACCGCGAACGAGAGCGCCACGGCCCAAGCUUCGACCGCGAGCUGGAAAGGGAACGUGACCGCCAGAGGAAGGAGAGGGAGGGUAAGGACGGGGACAGGAGAGGAGGGGACAGGGAGAGAGGGGAGAAAGAGAGGGACAGGGGAGGAGAAAGGGAGAGGCGACGGUCCAGGAGCAGGGAACGCAAGGGAGAGCGGAAAGACAGGGAGAAAGAAAGGGAGGGGGGCGGGGAGAACGACAGAAGCAGGAGGAAAGACAGGGGCAGUGACAGAGGGAGGGAGAGGUCCAAGGACAAGAGGAGCAAGGGAGAGACUGAGGACAGGAGACACAAAGAAGAGCGGGAUGAGAGGAGGGGGCACAGGGAGGAGAGGAAGGCCAAGCGCUCCAGUCGGAGCGGAAGCAGGGAAAGGAGACACAAGGAGAAGUCCAAGAAGAGAGGAGAAGUCCAAGAAGAGAGUGGAAGCAAGAGCAGGGCCGAGGUGGGGGAGAAGGAGAAGAGCAGGGCCGAGGUGGGGGAGAAGGAGAAGAGCAGGGCCGAGGUGGGGGAGAAGGAGAAGAGCAGGAAGAGAGAGCGCAGCCAUGAGAGGGGGGACGGCGAGCAGCGCUCACACAAACGCAGCCGCAGCAAAGAGCGGAGCCACCGGCCACGAGAGCCCAGCAAUGGGAAAGCCCAUGGGAAACACAGAGAGCGCAGGAGAAGCCAGAGCAUGGAUCGAGGAGAGAGAACGACACAGAGAGCGCAGGAGGAGCCAGAGCAUGGAUAGAGGGGAGAGGACGACACAGAGAGCGCAGGAGGAGCCAGAGCAUGGAUAGAGGGGAGAGGACGACACAGAGCGCUCGGGCAGAGUCCCCUUAGCUCGUCGCAGCUCUUCUCUGCCUUUCUCUCUUCAUUCAUUGGUUUUACUUGUUCGUGUAGUCUGCCACGUAUUAUUAAAAAGAGAAGAAAAAAACAUUAGCACGAGAAACGACCUGGACUUGUCUUUGGCCAACGUAAUGUUACUUUAUGUAGAUCUUUCUAUCUCUCUGCCUUUCUCCUCCCUUUCUAGACCAGCGUUACUUUUCAUUCGAGACGGUUGUAUUAGAAAAAAAAUGCCAUUUUAAGUUUUUAUAUGGUUUUGUCUCUGGAAAGUUCCAAAUUGCUUUGUACAUACGGGUCUGAGAAUGUUUUAAAUCCGACAGAGCAACCUCCGAAGGUGAAUUUGUACCAUGCACUGAGCCGUACUGAUAUUGUGCUGUGUUUGGUUAUGUGCUCUGUUGCAUUUUGUUUUCUAAUUAAACAACUUUUACAAAAGGA